GGCGCCCUGCGUAAGGGAGGGCGCGCGGCCGCAGCCUGCGACGGCCGGCGCGUCCCAAAGUUCGACUCCUCCGCCCGGACUAGGGCCACCCCCGGGGAGGUGGCGCCAGCCGGGACCGCAGGCUUUGGAGGCACGAGGCCCGGGCAGGGUGCCGAGUUCCCGAGGCUCCGCUGAGAAGCCGAGCGGUAGCGAGACCGCUGCUCGGGAGCCGCCACGAUGGAGCUGGAACUGGAACCCUGUGGGGCCGGGGUCCCGGCUGCCGGGCAGCGGCUUCUCCAGGCCGAGGCCCCGGCGGAGAAUGAGCCGGAGGCAGUGGUGGGCUCCCGGAGGAGCGGCCGGGCAGACAGCAUGCUGCGCUGGUUCAUCACCGUCCUCCUGUGUGCCGCCUUCCUGGGGCUGGGGAUGAGUGUUGCUAUACUGGGACCCACGUUUCAAGACUUGGCAACGAAUGUGAACCGCAACAUCAGCAGUCUUUCUCUAAUUUUUGUGGGCCGUGCCUUUGGAUACCUGGGUGGCUCUGUGAUUGGUGGAGUUCUUUUCGACAGUAUGAAUCAUUUUCUCCUUUUGGGGGUGUCAAUGUUCGCUACCACAGUUGGUCUCUAUCUUGUUCCAUUUUGUAAGACCGCAGUGUUACUGAUCGUCAUGAUGUCCACCUUCGGUGUUUCAAUUGGCAUUCUGGAUACAGGUGGUAACGUCCUAAUCUUGGCUAUUUGGGGGGACAAAGGAGCCCCGCACAUGCAGGCCUUACACUUCAGCUUUGCCCUAGGUGCCUUUUUGGCUCCACUGCUGGCUAAAUUGGCAUUGGGCACGACAGUGUCUGCUGAAAACCGAACAGAGGCUGACUUUAACCAAUCUGCCUUCAACCAAUCACCUGAAGCUGACUCAGAAUCUCUAUUUGGAAUACCUGACGAUAUGAAUUUGCUGUGGGCUUACGCUGUUAUCGGUACUUACAUUUUUGUAGUUGCUCUCUUUUUUUUCGCUUUGUUUUUAAAGAAAAGCUCAAAGCAAGAAAAAGCAAGAGCAUCUGCUCAAAGGUUUCGAAGAGCCAAAUACCACAAUGCCCUUCUCUGUCUCCUUUUCCUGUUCUUCUUUUUUUAUGUUGGAGCUGAGGUAACAUAUGGCUCUUAUGUUUUCUCAUUUGCAACCACCCAUGCUGGCAUGAAAGAAAGUGAAGCGGCCGGGUUGAACUCCAUCUUCUGGGGGACCUUUGCAGCCUGCAGGGGCAUGGCAAUCUUUUUUGCUACAUGUUUACAACCUGGAACCAUGAUUGUGCUGAGCAACAUUGGCAGCCUGACUUCAUCUUUAUUUCUGGUGCUUUUCAACAAGAGCCCAGUUUGUCUCUGGAUAGCGACUUCAGUGUAUGGGGCCUCAAUGGCAACCACGUUCCCCAGUGGAGUGUCUUGGAUUGAGCAGUACACGACCAUCCAUGGGAAAGCUGCAGCAUUUUUUGUAGUUGGUGCCGCCCUAGGAGAAAUGGCUAUUCCUGCAGUAAUUGGAAUUCUUCAAGGCAAAUACCCUGAUUUGCCUCUAGUUUUGUACACCUCUUUAGGGUCAUCAAUAGCCACUGCUAUUUUAUUUCCUGUACUGUACAAAUUAGCCACCUUGCCGCUUGAUCGUCAGCGAAAAGAACACAGGAAAAGUGAGGACCAGAAAGCUCUGCUUUCUAGCUCUGGGCUCAAUGACUAUGAGGAAGAGAAUGAAGAAGAUGAUGCAGAAAAAUGGAAUGAAAUGGACUUUGAAGUGAUUGAAAUGAAUGAUACAAUGAGGAAUUCUGUAAUAGAGACAUCUAGAAAUAUUUUGAUGGAGACUACAGCUGAAGUCCCCAACCAUUCCUACUCAAAUGUGUUAAUGUUUGAAUCCUCUCCAGUUAAUACUGGCAACUCCCCUGUGAAUUACUUGCAAGAAACCAGGACAAAAGGGACUAAUGCUUUGAGAGGAUGGAUUAUUUACUGACUCUUCAAAUAAUCACCAGUUCUAAGGAGGCCAGUCAGAGCAAAGCAUAGUAUAUUUGUAACAAGCUUUGAGGAUCACAAUUUCCAGGUCCGAGUAUAGCAAAUGCUAAAAAGUUUUGAAAUGUUCUGUAAUCCCCAGAGCCUUUCAUAAAGAACCAGUGAUCUCAUACAGCAGGAUCCUGUUGUGAGGCUAGUGUUUGGUGGCAUGUGGCUGAGUAGGUGAUAUUUUAUGGCCUUCACCCCUCCUCAGAGCAUGCAGAGAAGGCAUUUGUUUUUGAGAAGUUGGGUGUGCCAUUCAGAUAAAGCAAAACUGUUUAGUAGUUGAAUCGGUUAGCCAAACAAAUUCUCUGUCAUCAGUAUUCUGCCAGGGAAGUUGAGAAUCGUUUCAUAAAGAGACAUCUUUGAAAAUGGACAGAGAUUUCUAUUAAUUGUUUUACUCUGUAGUGUUGGAUCAAAACAUGGUAAUUACUAUUGUUUUCAGAUUUUUAUGAAGAGAGCAGAGAACAGGUGCUGGAAACCUGGCUUCAAACCUCCACUGCUGCUUCCUAGUCUGGCCCUGUACUCAGUCAUAUGACUUAUGUAGGCCUUGUUUAUCUCAUCUCCUGGUCUGGGGCUCUAAUGAAAGUGAGAUGACUUUCAAAUGGGAAUCCCUCAUUUUUACAUUUUGUGCAAGGUGUCUGUCAGAAAUGAACAUAAGUGCCACUCCAUUCGUCAUUUCAAAUGAGAAGUGAAAAAAAAUGAAUAGCUUUAAGAAUGUGCUACUGAUUAUGAAUAACGUCAAUGUAAGAGACUCUAUUUAAUACUUUAUUUGAAUAAUUAUGAGGAGUACAUUUUUAGCACUAUGUCAUUGAUGCUGAGAUGCACCUUUUUUUUUCCACAUUUUUAACAUCUCUGAAAUCAAAGUAUGUGUUAAAAUCAGUGGUCAUUUAAUGUGACAAAAUUGAGUUUUUUCCCAUAUACUUCUAUAAAGUAAUGUUGCAUUUUACAAUCAGUGUCUUAGUUUCAGUGAAUACAGUGAUUCAUUCAAUGAUGGAGAUUGUACUAUUUUUACAGACAUUUUAAGAAGAGAAGUUAUUUUUAUAUGUUCAUUUUCUCUGUGUUCACACAGGAUUUGGAGAUGCCUUGCUGCAGUUUUUAAAGCUGUUUCAGAGUUGCUAUGUUAGUAGUAGGGCUGUGCACGGGGUCUCUUGUGGCCCUUUGGUUACCUCAGUGACAAUCUGGGGAUGAGUCUGCUGUUGCAGGAGUUGCUCCUUAUGGAGUCUAGUUGGUAGUCACGUUGUAAGCUCUGUAAAUUAGACUGCUAAUUUAAUUAGCCGUGAGACACAGUCUUUUCCAGCGAUUGGAAUACCUGUGUCAGGCCUCUGGACCUCCUCCUCCCUGAGUUCGAAAUAUCUCGGAAAUCAAAGUAAUGAUUUGAAAGUGGCUUGGGGGCUUAAGAGGGAUCGUGAGCAUGGCAAAUCUGGCGUGGGGUAUCCUUUGAUAAAUGACUGGCAUUGAUGACAGAUUUUGUUCACUUCUUAGCACAUUUUGUGCUGAAUAAUACCUAAUUUCUACUUGGUUGCAGUAUGUCUACUUUUUAACUAAUUUCUGUAAAUUUGCCUUUGUUUUUUCAUAAGUGGAAAAUAGUACCUUUCUCGACCACUGUCCGUUAUUGGUCAUUUUAACAAUCUGACAGUUUUGGAGAGAGCUGGUGGAGAAAUUAACAGUGAAAAGCCUAUUCUUCUUGCUUUCUUUAUUCUAUCCUUUUCUCUUAGCUAGAACUUGGAGAUUAGGUCUGCUCCACUUACUGCCCUUUCUCAGGUUGUUGGAGUGUAGGCAGUAGCAACUGUUUGGCAUCUGGGCAGCUUGCCAGAAUAGGGAUUCAACCUGUGGCAUCGACAUUUAAAGGGUAGAAGUGCAACUCAGAGAAAGAAGGGAAUAAGAACAUGGUAGAAAACUUGGAAAUCCAUGAAAAAUGCAUUAGAAUUCCACAAACCAAAAUGUGAAUGGCCAUAUGAGAUUAUAGGGAUUGUUAAAGUUUGAUAAUGUAUUUCCAUAUUGGAAAGAUAAGACAGUACAAUUCCAGGAAUUAGCCUUCAUCCUAAUAAUCAGUUCAUAGUUAAAUAAGUGUCUGCCGAUACUCAAGUAACCAAUACCGAAGUUUUCUAUUUCUGAGUAACAAAUUAUUGUAUCACAAAUUUAACAGCUUAGAACAACAGACCUUUUAUUUCUUUAAUCUCACAGUUUUCUUGAGUCAAGAAUUUGGGCAUGACUUCACUGGGUUGGUUCUCUGCUCAGGAUCUCAUGGGCUGCAGUCAGGCUGUUGAAAGAGCUGUGCUUUGUCGAGCUUGGACUUCCCUUCUACGCUGUGUGGUUUUUGACAGUAAUUCAGUUCCUUGAGGCAGUAGACUGAGAUCUCCAUUUUUUUUUUUUUCCUGGCUGUCAGCAGGCACCUGUCUCGAUUGCUAGGACCUCCCAUGUGGCCCUCUCAUAGAUUCUUUCGAAGCAUGGCAGCUUGUUUCUUCAAAGCCAGCAGGAGAAUCUCACUGGAGCCGACUGAGCUGGGGUUUUUAAUGAUACCGUGUAAUCAUGGGAGUGACAUCCUGUCCCUUUUGCCAGAUUUUGUAGACCAGAAGGAAGUCUCAGAGUCUGUCCAAACUCUAGGGAAGAGGAUAGUAUAUGGAUGUAUCUGAUUAUUGGGGGUCACCUUAGGGUGUGUCUGCUAUACUCAAGUGUCUGCAACACUCAAGGGAGCCAGAAAACUUUAGCUGGGGAAAAAUCCUUCAGUAGUCACCAAAAGUGAUAAUAGAUACAACCUACUGAAUGUUCUAGUGCAGGAAUGGAAAACUCCCUAUAGACCAGGCCAAUAAACCUAACUCAGAAUUAGGCUUUUUCCCUUGAGAUUUUAGUUUGUGCUCUUUUCCAGUGUACUUUUUAACCAGUUCAAAUGCAGCUUAAUAUGAGGGAAAUUCAUAAGUUUUGGUCUAAUUGUAUUUUCAUAGUAAAGUCCAAGAAGACUUUGAGAGCAUUUUUCAAUCCCUGUUAUUUUUUAAAGAAAAAUCUUAAAAUAAUUUUUUAUUAUAUAUGAAGGUAUAAAAAAGGUCAUGGUAGAAGAUUAGGGAAGUACCUAAAAUUUUUAACGGACAAAUGAAAUCAUAUUCCUAAAUACCUAGAAAGUUCUUACAUUUCUAGUCAGCUUAGUUUCCCAAGACAAGGGUAAAGGGGUAAAAAAAUUUCCUUCUUCCAGAUAAAGUAUCAGAAACAACUUGAAUUUUAUGUCUAGAAUGUAUUGAUACUACAUUUGGUGGACUGGUUUUUAGUUUGAAUAGUUGUAAUUUAUUAAGAACAGAAAGAGAGUAUCAACACACCCCUGAAAAAUGUGAGACCCAGAUUCCAUGUAAAAUGAUUUUGUUUCAAGUAGAUUUAUUGAAUAAUCAGGAUAGUUUUCUCAUAACCAGAACUUUUAUAUUAUUAUAGCAAUGUAGCAUUCAAUCCUGCCACUUAAAAAUUAUUACUAAAAUAGAGCUUAAAAUUCUUAGUGAAAGUAGAUAUAGUCUUCUGGGGUCCCUUGUGUUUGUUGGGUGCCCUGGUUCAUAAUAUGCAUUUGUAAUGUUUUGUUGUGAAUGUGUGCGUGUGUAUAUGUUUGUAUGUGGAGCCCACAGAUGCUGUGUGUGUCUGAUAUUUUCUUACAGUGUGGGGAUGUAGCACAGGGGUAGAGGUGAUAGGGAAGGGAUACAGAAAAGCUUACUGUGUGAUUUCAAAGUUUGUUACAGUUGUUCUUUUAAAUUGAAAUUUUUAUGAAGGUUAUUGUCGAUUUACAUGUAGUUGUGGGCAGUGUUUUUCUCAAACUUGCUGAGUGAAGAAUACUUGCUCAGUUUGGAAAGAUAGAGAAAUAGAUGGGUGCUUCUCAUACUUUAACGUGCAUUAGAAUUGCUUCUUAAAAUGCAGAUUCUGAUUUAGUUGGACUGGGUUAGGGACUGAGAUUCUUCAUUUCUAACAAGCUCCUAGGUGCUGUUGGCCCAUGGGUCGACCACACUUUGGGUAGCAAGGUCCACUUUUUGGGAAUGUUAAAUUCUUUGCUGCUACUGUUGGGAAUUUCAUUUGUUUUCUUUUAGGUUUUCUAAAUAAAUCUAAAUCUCCGGGAGUCUAUAGUCCCCAUGAACCCCCUCCAUUUGUAUACCCUAAAUCUCUGGGAGUCUAUAGUCCCCGUGAACCCCCUCCAUUUGUAUACACUAUUCUAAGACUGAGUUCUCUUCAGUCCUCUCCAUUUGCUGCAUUAGCUGUUGAAUAUUUAUUUCACAUGUUAUCGAAUGCCUCUUGUUUGGUAGUUUCUGUGGGAGAUGUACACUGGUGAAAAAUCAGAAAUUUCCUGCCUUAAUGGAACUUACCUCUAAUGCAGUACUGUCAAGUAUCUGCAUUGGCCAGUGGCUGCUGUAUGUAGAUAGCACAGGUCCAGUGGGAGAAACAAAGCGUCAAACAAGUCAUCACACAAGAUAUUUCCAGGAAGGCUUUAUUUCCUGUUGUUCUAGAGAUUGAUUAACUACUAUCUGGGGUCAGAAGGUUGUGAUAGAUACCUUGUCAAAUGGCGUAAUAUAAAUUAUGGCAUUUAAGAAAGACCUGGUGAUCUAAAAGAGAAGGUGUUGGUUUCCUUGGGUAUAAAAGAAGCAAACCAAAGCUGGUGACUUGGUUGUCAGAAGGAAUAUUAAAGCUCUCUCCUUUAAUGCACUUUGGCCAGUUGGCAUUUGAGCUAGGUUGAGCCUGAGUUGGAUUUUUUAUUUAGGUUUAAAUAGUUUCAUAUUUAAUGAUUUAAAACUGUACAGCACUGAAUUUUUACAAUCAAAGAGAAUUGUUCUUUAUUUUCCAACAUUUUCCUGUGGUAAUUGUAAUUAUGUCUUCUCUUGUCCUGUAUUUCUGUCCUUUUUAUUUCUUUUAAUUCUUCAACAACAACAAGGAGGAUCCCUUAGGUUCUUGCACUGUGACUAUUGAUUCUUAU